AUGUUCAAAGCCUCCCUCCAACGCCAGCUGCGCUCUCUCACCUGUGCCUCCGCGCGCCGUUCCCUGGUGGCAGCUCGCCCGCGCUCGGCGUUCCUUUCGCAAACUCCAGCGCGGUCAUUAUCGCACACGCCUGUGGCGGCCAAGUCGUUCGGCGUGUCCGAGAACAAGGGCCAGGGCGACUCGGACCCGUCGAAGACGAUCUACCUCGGCAACCUGCCCUACCGCGCGACGGAGGAUGAUAUCCGCGAGGCGGGGCAGCAGUUCGGGCCUGUUAAGCGUGUGACCAUGGGCCGCUUCCUCGACACGGGCAAGUCGAAGGGGUACGCGCACAUCGAGUUCGAGACGCUUGACGCGGCCAAGGCGAUGAUGGACGCGCACCGCGCGGACCCGUUCUACUUCGGCGACCGCUCGGCGCGCGUGGACUUUGCGAAGCCCACGACGCCCCGCGAGGGGAGGGAUGACAAUGGACGGAGAGAGUACUCACACGGCGGGCGUAGGGAUGAUGGCUUCGGGGAUCGGUGA